AUGAGAGAUAGCGAGGAGGUGGAGACCGUGGAGGAGACCGUGGAGGAGACCGUGGACACUCACGAGGCCCCGGAAGAAGAAAACAACGCGCAAAUCAAAGAAUCCGGAGCGUCCACAGAAACACCAACAACUGCCGCCGACAAGACUCCAAACAUCAAGCUGCCUCUAGCAAGAACCAAGCGAAUCGUCAACCAGGACGAUGACGUGUCGCUCGUGUCUGUGGCCGCCUAUGCCGCCAUCAACGCGGCCACCCAGGACUUUGUGCGGUACCUGUCGGAACAGGCUGGUCUCAUGGCUCGAAUGGACCAGCGAAAGACGUUGGCGUACAAGGACGUGGCCGAGGCGAUAGCUAAGAACCCCAAGCUCGAGUUUCUGCAGGACAUCAUCCCCAGAACCAUUCCUGCGCGAUCACUUCAGUCUCGAGGGGUCCAGGUGCCCAAGGAGCCUACAGGCAACAUUUCGCUAACCAACUUCUUCAAGCCCAGCGGCGCCGGGGCAUCGGCAGGAUCCAAUGCCGGCACUGGAACUUCUACGCCGGUGAGAGCAAGCACAGCCACCAGCACCCCUGUUCCUGAGGACUCUGUGGAGGGCUCUGCUGUGGCCAUUGAGAUUGAUUAG